AUCAGAAAGUAAUCCGAAAGAUCCGAAUAAUCCUGAAUCAUACCCAAUUGCCGAAAGAUCAGAAAGUAAUCCGAAAGAUCCGAAUAAUCCUGAAUCAUACCCAAUUGCCGAAAGAUCAGAAAGUAAUCCGAAAGAUCCGAAUAAUCCUGAAUCAUACCCAAUUGCCGAAAGAUCAGAAAGUAAUCCGAAAGAUCCGAAUAAUCCUGAAUCAUAUCCAAUAGCCGAAAGAUCAGAAAGUAAUCCGAAGGAUCCGAAUAAUCCUGAAUCAUAUCCAAUUGCCGAAAGAUCCGAUUGCCGAUACCCUGACUCCGAAUCGAAUUCGAAACCUGCAUCAUAUCCAAUUGCCGAAAGGACCUGCUAA